CUUUUCAAGGUGUGUCCGAUGAACCGAUACUCUGCCCAGAAGCAAUAUUGGAAAGCCAAGCAAGCCAAACAAGGGAACCACACAGAGGCAGCCUUACUGAAGAAAUUGCAGCAUGCUGCAGAACUGGAACAAAAACAAAAUGAAUCAGAGAAUAAGAAACUGUUGGGAGAAAUUGUGAAAUACAGUAAUGUUAUACAGCUGCUGCAUAUAAAAAGCAACAAAUAUCUGACUGUCAACAAGAGAUUACCUGCUUUACUGGAGAAGAAUGCCAUGCGCGUGUCCUUGGAUGCUGCAGGAAAUGAAGGGUCUUGGUUUUAUAUUCAUCCCUUUUGGAAGCUGAGAAGCGAGGGAGACAAUAUUGUUGUAGGAGAUAAAGUUGUUUUGAUGCCGGUGAAUGCAGGACAGCCACUACAUGCCAGCAAUAUAGAGCUUCUUGAUAACCCAGGGUGUAAAGAGGUGAAUGCUGUUAAUUGCAACACUAGCUGGAAAAUCACUUUAUUCAUGAAAUAUAGUUCCUAUCGAGAGGAUGUAUUAAAAGGAGGUGACGUUGUUAGACUGUUUCAUGCGGAACAAGAGAAGUUUCUCACUUGUGAUGAAUACGAGAAAAAGCAGCACAUUUUCCUUCGUACAACCUUACGCCAAUCAGCAACUUCUGCUACUAGUUCUAAAGCACUCUGGGAAAUAGAGGUGGUUCAUCAUGACCCAUGCCGGGGGGGUGCAGGACAAUGGAACAGCUUGUUCAGAUUUAAACAUCUUGCAACUGGGAACUAUUUAGCUGCAGAGCUUAAUCCUGAUUAUCGAGAUGCCCAAAAUGAAGGAAAAAAUGUGAGUAGAAUUAGAGAUGGAGAUCUUCCACCUUCAAAGAAAAAACGCCAGGCAGGGGAGAAGAUCAUGUACACUCUGGUCUCAGUCCCACAUGGAAAUGACAUUGCGUCCCUUUUUGAACUGGAUGCCACAACUCUUCAGAGAGCUGACUGCCUGGUUCCAAGGAACUCCUAUGUUCGGUUAAGGCAUUUAUGCACCAACACAUGGGUAACCAGCACUAGUAUCCCCAUAGACACAGAUGAAGAGAGGCCUGUUAUGUUGAAGAUUGGAACCUGCCAAACAAAGGAAGAUAAAGAAGCAUUUGCGAUUGUGUCUGUGCCGCUGUCUGAGGUCCGAGACUUAGACUUUGCCAAUGAUGCAAAUAAAGUGCUAGCCACCACAGUUAAAAAGCUGGAAAAUGGCACAGUAACUCAGAAUGAAAGGAGGUUUGUAACCAAAUUAUUGGAAGAUCUCAUCUUCUUUGUUGCUGAUGUGCUUAAUAAUGGACAAGAAGUUCUAGAUGUGGUUAUCACUAAGCCAAACCGAGAACGUCAAAAAUUAAUGAGGGAACAAAACAUAUUGGCACAGGUGUUUGGGAUUCUUAAAGCACCCUUUAAAGAGAAAGCGGGAGAAGGCCCAAUGCUGAGACUUGAAGAUCUGGGGGACCAAAGAUACGCUCCCUACAAGUACAUGCUGCGUCUGUGCUACCGUGUACUGAGACAUUCUCAGCAGGACUACCGGAAGAAUCAGGAAUACAUUGCUAAGAAUUUCUGUGUCAUGCAAUCCCAGAUUGGCUACGAUAUUUUGGCAGAAGAUACUAUCACAGCUUUGUUGCACAACAACAGAAAACUACUAGAGAAACAUAUCACAGCAAAAGAAAUAGAAACAUUUGUCAGUUUGCUCAGGAGAAACCGGGAGCCAAGAUUUUUGGAUUAUUUGUCGGAUCUGUGUGUGUCUAAUACCACUGCAAUUCCUGUAACCCAGGAACUUAUCUGUAAAUUUAUGUUGAGCCCAGGCAAUGCAGACAUUCUCAUUCAAACAAAGGUGGUCUCAAUGCAAGUAGACAACCCCAUGGAGAGCACCCUCCUUUCAGAUGACAUUGAUGAUGAAGAAGUCUGGCUCUAUUGGAUCGACAGCAACAAAGAACCCCAUGGCAAAGCUAUCAGGCACCUUGCUCAAGAAGCAAAAGAAGGCACCAAAGCUGAUUUAGAAGUGCUAACCUAUUACAGGUACCAGCUAAACCUCUUUGCAAGGAUGUGCUUGGAUCGCCAGUAUCUGGCCAUAAACCAGAUCUCUACGCAGCUGUCUGUAGACUUGAUCCUGCGGUGUGUGUCAGAUGAGAGCCUGCCCUUUGACCUCCGAGCAUCUUUUUGUCGCCUUAUGCUCCAUAUGCAUGUUGACCGGGACCCCCAGGAGUCCGUGGUGCCCGUUCGCUAUGCCAGACUCUGGACAGAAAUCCCCACAAAGAUCACCAUUCAUGAAUAUGAUUCUAUAACAGACUCUUCCAGAAAUGACAUGAAGAGGAAAUUUGCACUGACAAUGGAAUUUGUUGAAGAAUAUUUGAAAGAAGUUGUAAAUCAGCCCUUUCCUUUUGGGGAUAAAGAAAAAAACAAACUGACAUUUGAGGUAUAUAAUGUAUCAAAUCAAGGAAACAAUGUCAUGAGGACCAUCCACGGGGUGGGAGAGAUGAUGACCCAGAUGGUGCUCAGCAGAGGUUCCAUCUUCCCCAUGAGCGUGCCUGACGUGCAGCCCAGCAUCCUCCCCAGCAAGCAGGGGAACCCUACUGAGCACGAGGACGUGACCGUGAUGGACACCAAGCUGAAGAUUAUUGAGAUUUUACAGUUUAUCCUGAGUGUCAGACUAGAUUACAGGAUCUCAUAUAUGCUGUCAAUAUAUAAAAAGGAGUUUGGAGAGAACAAUGAAAAUGCUGAGACAUCUGCCAAUGGCUCUCCAGAUACUUUAUUACCAUCAGCUAUUGUUCCUGAUAUAGAUGAAAUUGCAGCUCAGGCAGAAACUAUGUUCGCUGGAAGUGAUUAUCGUUUUUCAGGUUCCACAUUGUUGAAAUUCUUCUUUCAGGUCCAAUUAUUGGUAUCCAAUCAAGAUGUAGAUAACUACAAGCAAAUCAAGGCAGAUCUUGACCAGCUACGACUGACUGUAGAAAAGUCUGAGCUAUGGGUUGAAAAGAGCAGCAACUAUGAGAAUGGAGAAAUGGGUGAAAAUCAAGUGAAAGGUGGCGAAGAACCAAUUGAG